CCUGCGAAUGGCGGCGCGGGGGCCGGGCCGCGCGGGCGCGGUGAGGUGAGGCGGGGCGGCGGGCGGCGGGCCGCGCCGCCAUGGAGCACAUCACCACGCCGAAGGUUGAAAAUGUGAAGUUACUAGAUCGCUACACAAAUAGGAAGGCAGCAAAUGGGACGUUAUACCUGACAGCCACCCACCUUAUCUAUGUAGAUGCCUCUACUGAAGUCAGGAAAGAAACAUGGAUCCUGCACCACCACAUUGCAACUGUAGAAAAGCUGCCUCUGACCACAGCUGGAUACCCACUCCUCAUUCACUGCAAGAACUUCCUUGUGGCUCACUUUGUUAUUGGGCAGGAACGUGACUGUCACGAAGUGUAUACCUCAUUGCUUAAACUCUCACAACCAGCAAAACCUGAAGAACUUUAUGCUUUCUCCUAUAAUCCUAAAGUGUCUAAAGAGAGCCGGGAGAUUGGAUGGAAGCUGAUUGAUUUAAAAGUAGAUUACCAGCGUAUGGGAAUUCCAAACGACUACUGGGAACUAACGGAUGUUAAUAAAGACUAUGAGGUUUGCAACACAUAUCCUCCAGAAAUAGUGGUGCCUCGAGCUGCUAGUAAGGCAGUGGUGAUCGGGAGCUCACGGUUCAGAAGCAGAGGGCGGAUUCCGGUGCUUUCUUACUUAUACAAAGAAAACAAUGCUGCCAUCUGCCGCUGUAGCCAGCCCCUGUCCGGGUUCAGCGCACGCUGUCUGGAGGAUGAACAGAUGCUGCAGGCCAUCAGAGAAGCCAACCCUGGGAGCCCCUUCAUGUAUGUUGUAGACACAAGGCCAAAGUUAAAUGCCAUGGCCAACCGAGCUGCAGGGAAGGGCUAUGAGAAUGAAGAUAACUAUGAUAACAUUCGCUUUAAGUUUAUCGGCAUAGAGAACAUCCAUGUGAUGAGGAGCAGCUUGCAGAAACUGCUGGAAGUGUGUGAGAUGAAGUCCCCCUCCAUGAGUGAUUUCCUCACUGGCCUGGAGAACUCCGGUUGGUUACGGCACAUUAAGGCUGUGAUGGAUGCAGGUGUCUUUCUUGCCAAGGCUGUGAAGGAUGAGAAAGCCAGUGUGCUGGUGCACUGCUCGGACGGGUGGGACCGCACGGCGCAGGUCUGCUCCCUGGCCAGCCUCCUCUUGGAUCCCUUUUACAGGACUUUUAAAGGCUUCAUGGUUCUGAUAGAGAAGGAAUGGAUUGCAAUGGGCCACAAGUUCUCACACAGAUGUGGCCAUUUGGAUGGUGACCCCAAAGAAGUCUCCCCUGUCUUCACCCAGUUCAUUGAAUGCGUGUGGCAGCUCAUGCAGCAGUUCCCAUGCACCUUUGAGUUCAAUGAACGUUUCCUUCUUGAAAUCCAUGACCAUGUCUACUCCUGCCAGUUUGGCAACUUCCUUGGGACCUGCCAUAAGGAGCGUGAGGAUCUGAAAAUCUUUGAGAAGACCCAUUCUCUGUGGCCUUUCCUCUUACAGAAGAAGCAAGAAUUGAGAAAUCCCUUGUACAAAGGCUUUACAGCUUACAAAGAGCUUCAACCAAACACACUACCUUUCAGUUUCCAGUUUUGGUGUGGGAUGUAUAAUCGCUUCGACAAAGGAAUGCAUCCAAAACAGUGUGUAUUGGAUUAUCUGCUAAGCUGCAUGAGCCAGAAGGUGAAACUGGAGGACAAUGCAUCUGAACUGGAAAAUAAACUUCCUUUCCUCGAUGGUCCUUUGCCCAGUGAAGGCUCCUCCUCAUCUAAAGUAAGACAUGCUGCUUCAAAAACACCGAUGCUCAACACUCCUGAGGGUUAUGAGGGGGAACCACCUCCUGUGCUGAGCAACGGUGCCUCGGUGGGGGAUGUCGAUGUUCCAUCAGGUGUGGAGCAAAAGCACAAAGAGAACCUGCGUCAUCACCGGGACCUCCAGGAUCUGAAUGACACCCCUGGCGUGGUGGACUCUGAAGUGAAGGGUGGAAAACCUCAGCACCACUGAUGAGCUCUGAGAACUGAUCUGGAUGAACCAGGCGCUUGUGGUGGUGAGGCCUGAGGGGGCUGUGCCCCCAGGAGGUGCAGACCCCCUACCCAUGGACACCUGAGUGUGAGUGGUGUGUUGGCAGGGAGCUGUGCUUGCUGUGGGGCACACAGGCUGCCUUUGGCUUGGUUCACAUCAUUUUGCAGCUGAAACGAAGACGAUGUGUACAGAGCUGCCCAGGAGGCUGCCUUGAGUUCAUGCAAACCUUACUGCUCAGUGGAAACACAACGUGUUUCAGGUUCAUGCCUGCUGCCAGCACUUGGUGUUUCAAGCUGAAAGAUAUUUUGGUCAAUUUACAUGGGGCUUAGGAGUUGUGUAGUGUUUACAACUGGAGUAGGAAAGAUACAAUCCAGUUACUCUCAGUGAUGGUGCAAGGUCAUCUUAAAAUGAUAAAAAAUGUCGGUUCCUCUUAAAAUGAUACCCCCCCCACCUUUCUUAGCUGUGAAUGAAUCUCUGCAUGGACCCUCACCCCGUGGCAGAAGUGGUUCAGUUUUUGUUUCCUAUGCAUAUUUAAACAAAACCAAACCCCCCCGUGCCUUUUUAUGGAGACCUUUUAAUGUCUACCCAUGCAACGUUCUAUUUUUAUUACUGUAGUGCAGAGUGUAGUGUUUGGUCUUCUUUGUAGUCAGUAUUUUUAAACCAGUUUUUUUACCUGCUCUGGCUUCUCCAGGAUCUUUGCUGAUCGGUAGCUUCUCUCUAAGCUGACCUUUCAAAGAAUAAGGGCCACAUUUACUGGCUGUGAGAGGGCAGCAAGCCACAAAGCCUGUAACACGUGGCUUUGUGACAGAGGGAGGAUGGAAAGUGAGAAAAGAUAAGGAAAAAUUUGUAUGGAUUUUAUUCUCUAUUGUUUUAUGAUCUUGGUUAAAUUGAAGCAAGAGAGGAACUUAGUUCUGGAGUCGAUGUGCUCUCCUCACGUCCAUCGACAAGGCAGUAGUUACAGAUUAGGGGGGUGUUCUGCUGCUGAAAUGAGGUCUGAAAUGGUUAUUUCACAUCAUAUGCUGAGUGAUCAUAGUACAAGUUGUCUUGGAUGUUAAAGUUACAUGAACCUCAGAGAUGUUUUGUCUGUACUGUCUCAUGGCAGUGAACUUUGUACUUCCGUGGAGCUGGUGACAAAACCCAACUUGGGACGUGACCCAUUAGUGGAACACAGUGGAUGUGUCCGUGGCUCCAGCUUGGGCUCACUCUGGCUGUUAGCACUGCUUCGUUUCCUCAAGCUGCAGCAAUCUCGGCUGGAGACACCAGUUCAAAGUUGGGGGUUUAAAACAGAGACUUACAUCCCAUUUAUCCAGAGGUCUUGUGGAGACACAGACGCUUGUCCCCUAUGAAAAUGGAUGGCCCAGGAAAGCUGUUCCCCAGUACUUGUUCUGGACAAGCUUCUACAGAUGUGCUUAACUGGACAGAGUCCCUUUGUGCAGCUUCACUCAAGAUGCUUUACUGCUUUCUUCUGGAUCUUGAUGUUUCAAUUAGAUGCUACCAUUAAGUCUUAAAACCAGGGGUUUUAUGAAAUUUGGAAAGAAACUGGGAAUAUUCUCUAAGUUAACCCUCCCAAUCUGCAGUGAGAAGCAGAAACAUUCCACUAUAGCAGCAGAAAAUCCAAUAGCCAUUGGUCAUGUGCUGAUUUGUGGUGAAAUGACCAGGUUAGCCUCAGUGUUCAAGAUAAAGUAGGAAGGAAAAAACAAAACUCCCCUGAGUGUCUCACUUUGGGUAAGAAAAUUGAUGUUUUAAGUAUAUCAGAAGACCCCAGGAAAAAGGGCAAUACCUGAAAACUGAGUUUUCAUUGCCGAGAAUGGCAAAGAGAAACUGGUUUUUAAUGUGCAGGUUUGUCAGUUUUAAAGCAAGGACCGUAGUUGUUUUCAAGGUAGAACUACAGUGUCUGAGCCGUUUAAAAACAAAGCACAAGCAGGUCUGGUUCAGGGUUUUAAUAGUGAUGUUUGAAAUUUGUUGUGUGGCUGCAUAUCAAGAAUAGUGCAUCAUGCAACAGGGAUGUAUCUGUUUUGAAGGAUGCACAUUUCCCAAUGCAUCUUUUCUUUAUGAUGAGCAUCUGCUCUUGAGUCUCUUUGCUCCUAAAAAGACAUCUGUGAAGCUCCUAACACCAAGUUACUCCACCAAGCUUUUAAGUUUGCCAUAUCCAUGUACUCCUUAAGUGAGGAGAUUGCGUCCCAAGUGUUAAUCCAGUUGUUCCUGUUACCCAGGGCUGGGAAUCUGCCAUGGAUUUCCACUGGAGGGUGCUGGAGUGAUAAUUUCCCUUCGCCUCUUUGCAGUGUAAAAGCUCCAUUUGGAGCGCUUUGGUUUGGAGCCCCUUUCAGAUGGACUGACAGAUCAGCCCUGUCUUUCCUUUCUGGGUGGUAGAAGAGUGUGGAUGGUGUUCAUGGCUUCUCAAAUAGAGAGCUCUGACAUGGUAAAUGGGACCAAGACAGGCACUUUUUAGGACCAGUUAUUCUGGAUGUCAUCAGUCCUUGUAACGUGUUCUCUGCUGAAAAUUAGGGAUUCGGAACUGCAGUGAGUUUUGACUGACUGCUGAAGGAUUUAGACGCACCACUGAUUAAUCACUGUAGAAAAGCAUUUUGCAGAGGGUUUCUGUACAUGUUUACUUGUUGCCUUGAGUUCUGAAUUACCAUAGAUUACCUUGGAGAAAAUAUAAUCAUCUUUGCUUAUUCCUAAAACGUGAUGCUGACAUCCUCACAAAUCCUUCUUGACGACAAUAUUACUACAGGUGCAUAGAACCAUAAAAGAUUACUCCAUACACUGAAAGUAUUAGUAAGCUCUUAGUAAUCUUGCUGCUUUUGACUUCAGUAACAAAACAAUGGAUGACUUUAUACUUUCAAAUGCAAGACCUGGCCAAAAUAAAAGGGUAAUGGUCUGUCUUUUUAAACCUUUUGGAUUUAAUGUGUUAAAAAUCAUUCCUGCUGGGGCUGUAAAUGGAUGGAGCUGGAAAAGAUUCCAGUGUUUCCUGGCUUUCCAUGAGCUUAUUUCUUUGCAAACCAAUUACCUAGAAGCUUUUUAGUUUUGACAGGAACUCGUGGGUGUUUCAAGACCAAAAAUGAGAAGCUGUUCCAAGUGCUGCAGCACAUCCUCAGGUCUCUGCUCAGCUGGAUUCCUUCCCAGAGCCUUGCCAGAACCCCAUGUUUGCUCCUCAUGGAGUGUCCUGCUGACAGUGGCAACUGACUUCAUUGUAUGUUCCCUAAAAGUAUUAAAGGCAAUGUAAACGCUGUUACAUAGGAAUCUUCUUGGCAAGCACUGUGUAGGUGAAAAGUUCCUGUAGCUUGUUUGUUCUAGUGGAGCAUCCAUGUGUUGUGAAGCCACGAAGCUUUUUACAGAGAACUGUUGAGUGAACAAUGCAACUUGCUGCUUUCCAUUUGGAUUCUGAGAAUUGGGAAGGAGGAGGGAUCCUGUUUGCUUUGUUUGUGUAAAACUCUUCCUUUUCUGGAGCACCUCUUGCAUUACCAAGGUUACUCCAUGGCAUCCUGGUGUCAUGCUCUACCUAGUGUCUCUCUUGCUACUAAUAGGUAAAGCACUGCAAUGGGCAAGUGCCUACAAUACUCUGUGUUAAAGCUACUACUUGGAAGUAGAAGAGGGGCUCAUGUAGCUUUAUUUCUCAUGUGAAAUGUCUUAAUGUGAACUUCACGAUGCUGGAUUCUUAAAUUGCAUUUUGUUCUGCAGUUGUUGCCUGCCGUAGGGAAAAUCCAAUCCGUGCUGUUUGGUUUACAGGAGGAAAAAAAGGGAAUGAUUGGUUUGCCUGUGGAGUUGUAGUUAGUUGGUCCUUCAUAGGAGAGAGAAAGCAGUUUGUUAAAGCCUGGAGGUGUAAUACACUUGUGGCUGUGUGUCCUGUUCCUGCUCCUAGUGAAUGCCUUUCAUUUAGGUACUUAGAAGAAGAAUCCACCUGUGAUGUGGGUGCUGGUUCCCUGCUAGGAUGGGGAAGGCUUCCUCCUUGGUACCUGGUGAGCUUCAGUGAGCUCCUCAGGUCCUGGCGAGGGCUCUGCUGGGAGCUGAAGGUGCACAGAGCUUCAUGGCAUCUCCACCUCGGGUAGGCCUUGCUGGAUUACAGCUGGAGAUCUCCUGAAGUGCCCCAUACCUGGUGGUGUGUCAGCUUUGGUGGUGGUGAGCACUGAGAGGGAGCACCCUGGCAUCUAACAGAGCUGUAGCACCUGCAGGAGAGGCAUUUAAAAGAGCUCUUCUGCCAGAUGCUGCUUCAGUUCACUUCUGGCAAAACCCUGGCUUUAGUGCCUGAUGUCGUGCUCCCAAAGGGAUCGCUUCUUGGUGCUGCUCAGUGAUGGAUAUUCAUGAGUGACAACUCAAAAUGGGGCUGCUGCUUUGCUCUCCUUCCCUUUCCUACUCUUUGCGCUGAGCGCUGGGUCGUGCUUCCUAUGGACCUAACAUGUUAUUCCUUGUUUACAUACCACCUAUAGGCACUUCCCAUGCCUCAGGGCGGAGCAGGGAUGAAGAAUCUGUUCUGAAUGUAGUAGUUUUGUUUGAAUUCAUACACAGCACUUGACUAACUGGAUGAGGAAUGUCUCCAACCAGGUGAUGUUGAAAUCCAUGUCUUCAUAAGCAUCUUCAGCACUAGGAGCAGCCAGGUUGGUGCCAGUUGUGUCAGUGUAGUUGGUUUGGGCAGGGAUCUUAAUGUCCUUUUGGCACCUCUGAACUGCAGAGGCAAUGCAGGAGGAGGGUAGGUGACAAUGGUUGAUGUGUAUCUCAUACUAUUUCUCUGUGUAUAUGCAUCUGUAUUUAAUGUAGCAGCAUACUACUGGGAUAACUUGUAGCACUGGAUCUAGUCACAUGUAACUGAGCACACACAUACUUCUCCCAUCGUCCAUGAACUGAUCUUUGUAAGAAUGUCCCCAAAACUGUGUGUGGUGCUCAGCUGGAAACAAUGUUUGUGCUGUUUGUCAGUCUCUGGUUCUGCUGGUGUCCCUGUGGAGGGGCAGUUGUAUGAGGCUGUGGGUGCUCAAUCCCACGUUGUUGAAUGUGCUGCGAUGGCUGUGUACGUGUAAGUCCUUUUAGUUCAUGCACUGCUUAAAAAAGCCCCAAUUGUACCAUGUUUAGGGGAGCACUGUGUCCUUUUUCCUCUAAAUGUAUUUGUUCUGUGAAGUUUCACUUGUAUUACAGUUUAUUUUUAUUCCCUAUGGAAAUAAACACCCUGCCUUUUUGAAGUAAAUG